AUGUGGUUUGAAUCUACAGCAACGGCCUUGAGUUUCAUUGUCUACUGCCUCGCGAAACACCGGGAUGUCCAAGAGAAGCUUCGGCGAGAAGUCAUCGAUGCCUUCGGUCCCGACGGAUCCCUGGACUAUGAAACAAUAAUGAAAAAGUUGAAAUACCUGGAACACGUAGUGGAUGAAACACUACGACUUUAUCCUCCAGCAUUAUCGAAUCUGAAUCGACAGGCCAAAAAAGACUUCGAAUACAAUGGCAUCAAGUACAAGGCAGGUACAAAUGUCAUGGCAGCGUUGUACCAGAUCCAAACAGACCCACGAUAUUUUAAGAACCCUCUAGAGUUUAAUCCCGACAGGUUUUCCCCUGGAAAUGAAGCCUUGUUUACGAAAGCAGCAUUCAUGCCCUUUGGCGUCGGGCCUCGCAACUGCGCUGGAAUGAAGCUGGCAUUGCUAAAAGUGAGGUACACUGUGGCCAAGAUAGUCCAGAAGUACCGCAUGGAACUAGGCCCCUCUCAGAAGGGAACCAUGGAGCUGGGCCAGUAUGCGAUGGCAUCAACGCCCGCAAUAGGGCCCUGGAUUGUCCUACACAGUUUGGUCAAUGAACGCUGAGACAACUCAUUCUCUGAAUGGGCGUUUUAAAUGGUGAUGUGAACAUUCCUUCAUAUGUGGAGUUGUUCCUUUCUGUCAUUUGUCAUCACUACGUAUGUCGCUUUGUGAUGCGCAUAAACAUGGGGCCCUAUAACGUAAAACCAUUGCAAUAUGUUUUUAUUCCAAUCUCCCGAUGUCAAAGUUGCGUAACCGCCGAUGCAAGCACCGGGCGGUUACCUGCAGGGUUGUCUGAACAGAGCAAUCAAACGUUUUCCUCGUUCAUAGGAGGUCACUUUUGUUUGCUUGAAAAAUGAAUAACAUUGCCUACACUCAGCGGCUCGUCGUAUCUGAUCGGCUGACAAGAGGCGAGGAGCACGCUCAAGUGGAGAGGGAUUCGAUGGGGCAGAGCUAGUGCACUGAAAAUCUAUAACCGGAUGAAGAGGGUGGUGCCGGCACCUGCGAUUGGUCCGCUUUCCCUUACUUAUCUUGCGGUGGCUGGUCGUAAAUCGCGGCGGCAUGCAACGGAAGCUUAAGCAUGACGCUAAAAUGGAUCCUCAACAAAGAAGAGUCGGCAGAAUGAGGUCGUAAACGUGCCGAAAGUGCUCGAAAACGUCAGGUGCGAGUAGCCAACGCCUGAGCGAUCGCCGGCAGCCAUCCUUUAUUCCUUUCGGAACGGGGCAGCCGGUGGCUAUUCAGAAGAAAAUUCAGUUUUGUUCGGCAUAUUAAUGCAUCAAUAAUGCCUACACGUCACUUUUACGCGGUGAGUUUUCGUAGUUUUGUGACGUCGCGUGACAGGCAGGUGAAGUGGGUGCAGCCCGAAAUCUUUUGACCAAUAGCCGGGGGCUAAUCGCGAAAAGGCGUCGAAUCAGAAAUAAAUAGUUUUCUUUUUUUGGUAAAAUUAUGCAUAAUCAGUCUGUACACCUCAUAUCAGAUGGGGAGAUAUCGCGGUUUUCGAGACGUCGCGUGACAGACAGGUGAAGUGGGGGUGGUCCAAAAAAGUUUUUGACCAAUCGCCGAGGGCUGUUUGCAGAAUUGGAAUAGAAAAGUUUGCAAUAGCUUUACGUUAUAGCGCCCAUGUUCUCUAAUAAACAUUCUUGAG